AUGGGACUCGUCACUGCUGAGAAGAACACUAUCGCUCAAGUGAAAUCCAUGGACGACAAGACAGCCCUUAGCGUCAAGACUAUUAAUAUAGAAGAGGAGGCGGACGCGGAAGAAGAAGGGGAGGCGGGCGCGGAAGAAGAAGGGGAGGCGGGCGCGGAAGAAGAAGGGGAGGCGGGCGCGGAAGAAGAAGGGGAGGCGGGCGCGGAAGAAGAGGGACGACGCCCAUGGCACUUUAAAUCAGAGGAAGACUUUAUUGGGGCUGAAAGGGCUUUUGAAAAGGUGGAGAAAACCAUUGGCGAGCCCGGACCGCCGGCUAAGAUAACGGCGAGACAGGCAUCAGAUCUUACGACUUAUAUUGAGAGCGAGUCUGUCGAUUGGAACAGAAUGGCGUGUAUUGUCGCGCUUCUUGGUAGCUUCACUUUUGUAAUGUAUAUAUUUCAUGGCGAAAUCUACGCGGGGUGGGUUAGACUUACGACUUAA